AUGCCAGACCGCUGCCUACACCUUUGCUUCUGUGCUGAUCCUGUCUUGCUUCCCAUCGCAUUUCCUCCUCACCCUUCCUCCCUCGCCGAUCUGGUGAGUACCUUGCCCGCGCCCAAUCUUCCCCUUGCCCUUGGUGCUGCCAGCGCUUCUCAGGUGUUGGGGAUCGUGGAGCUCUCCUUCCCUCCUGCCCAUAACGAUUGUCUCGGUGACGCCACUCCUCCUCCCAUCUCCCUCUCUGUCCUCGCUGCAGAUCACGUUUUGGCGAGCGAUCCGGCGAGCGUGGCCCACUUCCCCGCCUCCCGUCAUGGUGGCGAUACGAAUUUGGCGAACGCGACUCGCCUCCACGCCUUCCCUCAUGGCGCUGGCGCCGAUCCGGCGAGCGUGACCCGCUUCCCCGCGCUCCGUGAUGCUGCUGACGCGUUUCCGGCGAGCGCGACUCGCCUCCCCGCCUCCCGCUGCGAUUCCUCCAUGGAUCUAGCGAGCGCGACCCGCCUCCCCGCCUCCCGCUGUGAUACCUCCCCGGAUCUGGCGAACGCGACCCGCUUCCCCGUCUCCCGUCACGAUGCUGACGUGGCUCAGGCGAACGCGACUCGCCUCCCCGCCUUUCGUCAUGAUGCGGGCGCAGAUCUGGCGCGCGCGGACCGCUUCCCCGCUUUCCGUCAUUCUGCUGGCGCGGAUCUGGCGUGCGCGACGCGCCGCCACCCUGCUCCCCGCCGUGCGCCUGCUGUCCAGAAACGUGCGCUUCCUUACGCGCGCUUGGUACGCUGCCAGUUCCGCCUGUCUCUUCCGCCUCGCCUGCCUUAG